CAUCCACAUCCUCUCCUCAUCAUCCUUGACAAAGCACUAUCUACUAGCCAUGAAAAUGAGCAUGACAGGCCAGCCAAAGGGUCACCUAUGGCUGGUCUUCACCAUGUUGUUUGCCAUUUUUACAAUGCACGGCGAGGGAGCAACCAGCUUUUCACCACCUUCUCUUUCCUUAUCACCAACAUAUGCUCCUGUUGUUAAGGUGGUAGGUAAGGUGUACUGCUAUAGAUGCUUCAAUGAGGCACACCCAGAAGAAUCCCAUAAGAAGGAGCACCUGAAAGGAGCCAUGGUCAAGGUCACUUGUCAGGCAAAUGAUCAAGCACUCGUGGGAUUUGGCAACACCAGAAGCAAUGGCAAAUACAGUGUGAGCCUUAAGGGCCUGCAAAUUAGCAACACCUAUGGGGCUGACUCGUGUAAGGUUGAGCUCCAUGCAGCACCAGGAGGAUCUGACUGCAAUGUGCCGAUCGAGUUAAAUUUGUCUGGGCUCAGUGUUUAUUCCAAGUCAAACGAAGAAGUGGUUCUCAAAGCCAAUGAAAUAAUGGCAUUUGCAUCGAAGAAGACUUUUGGAUGUUCGAAACCUCACAUUCUACCACCAAUGCACCCCUAUAAUUCCCCGCCACUCCCUUACCAGUACGCCUCACCUCUGGUUAGCUACAAGUCCCCACCAUUGCCUUAUCAAUAUUCACCACCUCCUGCUAACCAGUUUCCACCUCCAGCUUACCAGUACCCAUCACCUGCACAGAACUACUACCCUUCGCCACCACCUUACCAACAGACCACACCUCCAAACGCCUACCCAUCUUCACCAACAUCUUACAAUUAUCUGCCACCUCCACAAGGCAUCAAAUCUCCAACACCACCCCACAAGUAUUUACCACCUCCAUACUACUACAACACUCCACCACCACAGCACCAGUAUUCACCAUCUCCAAAUAACUAUGUACCUCCAGCACUAGCUUACCAGUAUCCGCCACCUCCAUACAAGUCAUCACUUCUACCACCAUCACCAGCAAUUCCUUACUACCAUAGCUCUCCACCUCCUUACCAGUAUUCACCACAACCAUAUAACUAUCAAUCUUCACCGCCACCUGCCCAGUAUUCUCCACCAUUGCCUCCAAAAGCUCCAAAACAUCUACAUCCAAAAGUCCCUCUUGAAAAUUCUCCACCAAUAUCUUCAACAUCUACACAGCCUCUUUACCAGUACAACUCUCCACCACCUCCAAAUGUUGGCACAUCAACAACACCACCUCUGCACACCUAUCAAUCCAUACCACCACCGAAUCAGCUAUCUUAAGCAUCAACAGCAGGCCUCUUGAAGUGGUCACAGGUGAGCAGAAUAAACAAAAGAGUUGAAGUCUAUUUUCAUUUUUCAAGAGGAAGAAGCGUCAUAGCUAGAUUUUUCAACUUCCGUCUCGGUGUCUAGAUUUGUUUAUGUCAUUGUCUAGAGUUAUUUCAGCUUUCAUCUCAUUGCCUAGAGCUAUUCCAGCAAUGUAUGAUAAGUUUGUUGAGCUUUCUUAGUAGCUCUGAUUAAUCCAAUAUAUCGUGUGGCUUUCUUUGCAGCUCCAAAAUGAGC